CUUCAACUUCCUCACUCCCUCCCUCCCAUAUCAUAUCAUAUACACCACAAACCCCUCCCAAUACCCUCCUCACUCCACGCAGCAGAACGCACACAGCCAUGAAGUACGUUCUCGUGUCUGGUGGUGUCAUCAGUGGCGUUGGAAAGGGUAUUAUAGCUUCCUCCACCGGACUGCUACUCAAGACAAUUGGACUCAAGGUCUCGUCGAUCAAGGUCGACCCGUACCUCAAUGUCGAUGCGGGGACCAUGAACCCGAAGGAGCACGGCGAAGUCUUCGUCCUCUCCGACGGCGGCGAGGUCGACCUCGAUCUCGGCAACUACGAGCGCUACCUCAACAUCACCCUGACCCGUGAUAAUAACAUCACCACGGGCAAGAUAUACCAGCACGUCAUCGAGCGCGAGCGCAAGGGCGACUACCUCGGCAAGACGGUGCAGGUGGUGCCGCACAUCACAGACGCGAUCCAGGACUGGAUCGAGAAGGUCGCGCGGACGCCGGUCGACGACACGGGCGAGGAGCCCGACGUCUGCAUCAUCGAGCUGGGAGGAACCGUCGGCGACAUCGAGAGCAUGCCGUUCGUCGAGGCCAUGACGCAGCUGAGGAGACGCGCCGGCAAGGACAAUUUCCUGCAGAUCCACGUCUCGUACGUGCCCGUCAUCCACGGCGAGCAGAAGACGAAGCCCACACAGCAGGCCAUCCGGGCGGUCAGGAGUGCCGGUCUGAUACCGGAUCUUAUUGCCUGCCGCUGCGAGAUCCCACUCGAACCCUCAGCAGUCGAGAAGAUCGCCCACUUCUGCUUCGUCGACGUGUCCCAGGUCAUCGUCGUCCGCGACAUGCCAUCCAUCUACCAAGUCCCGCUCCUCCUCGAGCAGCAAGGCCUCAUCCCCUUGCUCCGCGACAUCCUCGCGCUCGACAAGCUCACCAUCUCCUCCCCCCUCCAAUCCAAGGGCAUCAACACCUGGAACCAAUGGAAAUCCCUCACCAACACCGAAAACCGCUACUUCGACACCGUGACCAUCGCCCUCGUCGGCAAGUACAUCGAACUGCACGACUCGUACCUCUCCGUCAUCAAAUCCCUCGAGCACUCCGCCAUGCGCUGCCAACGCAAGCUCAACCUCAUCUGGGUCGACGCCGAGCACCUCGAGCCCCAAACCCGGACGUCCGACCCCGCCAAAUUCCACAAAGCCUGGCACGAAGUCUGCACCGCAUCCGGCAUCCUCGUCCCCGGCGGGUUCGGCCACCGCGGCACGGAAGGCAUGAUCGCAGCCGCGAAAUGGGCCCGCGAGAACAAAACCCCCUACCUCGGCAUCUGCCUCGGCAUGCAAGUCGCAGUCAUCGAAUACGCACGCAACGUAUGCGGCAUCACCUCCGCAACCUCCGAGGAGUUCCACGCCGACGCAGCGGACAAGGUCAUCAUGUUCAUGCCGGAAGUCGACAAGGCGACGAUGGGCGCCACCAUGCGACUCGGGCUGCGUCCAACCCUCUUCCAGCCAGGCAGCGAGUGGUCGCGUCUCCGCGCGCUGUACGCGGGCUCCGACGAGAUUCUCGAGCGGCACCGCCACAGAUACGAGGUCAACCCCGACUACAUCGGCCAGAUCGAAACCGGGGGACUUCACUUCGUGGGCAAGGACGAGAAGGGCGAGAGGAUGGAGGUCGUGGAGAUCAAGGAUCAUCCGUGGUUUGUGGCCGUGCAGUUCCAUCCUGAGUACUUGUCGCGUGUGCUUGACCCCUCGAGGCCGUACUUGGGCUUCGUCGCCGCGAGUAGUGGGCAGCUCGAGAGGAUUUCGAGGGAGUACCAGGAUGAGGCGGUGCGGGGGGCCGUUGAUGGAUUGGCGGUGAAUGGGAGUAAUGGGGAUUCGCAGUUCUAGGCGUCAGGACGUAGUCGAGACGAGUGAACGUUGAAGGGAGUCGGGGGAAUAUGUGCAAUGUCAAUUCCAGAGGCAGAAACCCUCUCAAAACGUCAAACACCAAAAUCUAAUUACUGAUCAUCAUCCCUUACCACCGCAUCUAGGGAGGAGGAGGAGACAAAGUGAAGGGAAAACCACGGAAGAAGAAGAGGAAGGUUCCUGGGCGGCGGCGGCGGCAGUUAUGCUAAAAAUUACUUUAGGGCUACGAACUUGAAAGAUUAGACAAACCAGAUUUUAUUUAUUUGUAUUGUAGAUUAGAUUAGGCAGAUAUAAAAGAGGCAGUGUUUU